CAAUUUUUAAAUGGGAACCAUAAUAAGAUAGUUGAAGAAACAGCACGAAACGAGUGGUUCACACGUAGCGACAGACAGCAGUGCAGCACCGACGGUAGCAUAUGGGUACGGGAGUUGGAGCAUCCAUAUCAAGAUUAUGUUAGUAUAACAUUUCGCAAAGAAGAUUUGCGUUAACAAACGCGCUAUCAAAUCAGCAUCGGAUGCCUGCCUAUGCAAUUUUCACGCGAAAGGAACUUGCGGGUUUUGACAUCUUGUGUAUGCUUUGCUAAGGACAUGGCAACGGCUGCAGGUAACCUAGCUUCGAAGCAUAGCUAUAGAAAAGAAGAGGAAUAAUUUUGUGUGCAAGGUGAAAUGGCCUCUCACGUCGACAUCGCAGGAAAAUCAGGAGAGGUCGUGAUUCACAGGCUGUAGGAAUUGUAUGAUAUCUUCCCAGUCAAGAACAAUGGUUGGCUAUGAAAAGGAGUGAGUACAAGGAAUGGCAUAUUCUUGCUCGCUUUAUCACCCCAAGACUAAAAUUUAACACGAAGUUUUGUCCAGCCAAUCUGUCCAAAGGUCUUCUAAAUAGUCGGUCGUCUGAUUUCACAAUGGAAGCUAUUUGCAGGUAAUACUACGAAAUCAAGGUUUGGUCUACAAGUAAUGGCCCAAAUCAUUGGUGCCUAGGGGUCUUGACACCAAUGCCACACAUGAGUUAUUUAUUUAUACCAAGUUUUGAUCCUAACAUAGGAGUAUAUGCUAAAAAUUAUUGGUUACAUGCACAGGGUGUUAAUCAUGUGCCAAUAAACUCAGAAAGGCGCACGGUUCGGCCCUUGCCACUUGCCAGACACUCAUCUCAUAACGAUUCGGGCCUACCACUACACCAAACUUGUAAGACAGCAAGGAUGUGAAUGACCAAGGCUUGAGCAUCAGGCUUCGGAUUGGUGCCUUUGGGAAAGCUAAAAAUGGUUGCUCAUGCUCAGGACGUGAAGAAGACACAGGCUAGAGAUCUGAGCUGGUCUUGCUUGCAGCCCCGGUAAGAGCAUCAAUCAGGAGACGGUGAACAAGACAGUGACCCACCAACGCACCACACCACACCACACCACAGGCGUGGUGACUCGUGAUGUUCAGCUCAGUUAUCCUACUCCAAUGGAUUCUUUCCAACACCGUCCAAGUUUCCACAGCGUUGAUGCCAAUGGGCUGUUCUAAAUAAAAAUUGCCAAUGUACUGCCCAAUCGGCCAUCACAAGUGCAGUGCAAUCAAAAUCGCUGGAGUAUUAAAUUUGUGGCAGGCUGCAUAAAAUUCCAAGGGAAAUCCUCUGCAGUUUUGGGUACUACAUGGCACAUGAUGGUGGGGGAGGUGCCCAAACUGGCACCGACAGGGCCAUGAGUAUAGCAAAGGACGGAACCCUAAUUGCUCACGAGACACCAUCGUCUUUACUCGACUCCGUGCUACUCACCACCAACCAAUCGAUAUACUAGAUUAAUCCCCGCCGCGCAGCGCUCGCCGGUACCCUCACCGGCAAUAUUCUCGUCGUCAACGGCUCAACCAGCAUUGAGGGAACGAUUUUGGCUUUACUGUUUUGAUCAUGCUGGGUUACUGUUGGAUGGAAUGCUGAUUCUGUGGGGUGGAAUUGAGGCGAUAUAGGCAGCUAGUUUGAUAAGCGCAACAGUUCAGGGUGGUUGUAUCUGAAGAAGAGGAGCGGUUUCCCUUUGAUUUGGUGCCUUUUCCUGCGCCCGCCGCGGCAAGCAACUGCAGAGUGGCCAUGGAGCAUAUUAUCGCGGGCAAGUUCAAGCUUGGGAGGAAGAUUGGGAGUGGCUCGUUUGGGGAGCUAUACCUUGGUAUUAACAUACAGAACGGUGAGGAAGUGGGGAUAAAGUUGGAACCUGUGAAAUCGAAACAUCCACAGCUGCACUAUGAAUCCAAAGUUUACAUGCUGAUGCAGGGUGGAAAUGGCAUCCCACAUCUGAAGUGGUAUGGCGUCGAGGGAGAGUACAAUGUUAUGGUGAUUGAUCUUCUUGGCCCAAGCUUGGAGGACUUAUUUAACUCCUGCAACAGGAAAUUUACUAUGAAAACGACCCUUAUGCUCGCUGAUCAACUAAUAACACGGGUGGAAUACAUGCAUUCCAAAGGAUUUCUUCACCGUGACAUCAAACCAGACAACUUCCUUAUGGGCUUAGGCCGGAAAGCUAAUCAGGUCUACAUAAUUGACUAUGGGCUUGCUAAGAAAUACAAGGACCUCCAGACUCAUAAACACAUCCCCUACAGGGAGAAUAAAAAUCUGACAGGAACAGCGCGCUAUGCUAGUGUGAAUACUCAUCUUGGAAUUGAACAAAGCAGGAGAGAUGAUCUAGAGUCUGUUGGUUAUCUUCUACUGUAUUUUUUGAGAGGAAGUCUCCCAUGGCAGGGUCUUAAAGCUGGCACUAAGAAACAAAAGUAUGAUAGAAUUAGUGAAAAGAAAAUGCUUACCCCGGCAGAGGUUCUGUGCAAAUCUUAUCCAUCGGAAUUCAUCUCAUAUUUCCACUAUUGUCGUUCCCUGAGAUUCGAAGACAGACCAGAUUACUCUUAUUUGAAGAAACUAUUUCGGGAUGUAUUUGUUCGUGAAGGAUAUCAAUUUGAUUAUGUAUUUGACUGGACCGCACUCAAGUAUCCUCAUAUGAGUUCCAGUAACAAGCUUGUUCGACAACCAAGUGGAAGAUUGGCUGGAAUUGGGCCAUCUGUUGAGAGAACAGAAAGACCUUCAGUAGGACAAGAGAUCCGGGAUAGAUUCACCGGUGCCGUGGAAGCAUUUGCCAGAAGAAACUCAAGCUCCGGUCGCCAUGGUGACCAUUCAAGGCACAAAAGCAUCGCGGAUUCCUUCAGUUCAUCUAGAGAAGCUCUUGCUGCUGAUACGGAGAAAACACACAUCUUGUCCCGGACUGGAAGCUCAUCGAAGAUGGCUGCCACGCCAUCCAGCCGGCCGACCUCUUCAGGGGACUGCACUGGUCGGUUGUUCUCGGGAAGUGGCGGCAGCAGCAGCCGCCCAUCGUCAUCGACCGUACAAAGGCUCCACCAAUCCGGAGGCAGCGGUGCGGAUAAUGGCUCGUCUUCACCCGUCGCUCGGAACGCGCCAGGGAGAGCAAGCCGACGGGACAGCCACGCGGCACUCCGGAGCUUCGAACGCCUGUCGAUCAGCGCUGACAGAAGGAAGUGAUCGACGGCCAUGGAGGCGAUGACAAUUGCCAAGAAUUUAACAUCCGUCGAUUUGUGCACUCACAAGAAUUCAGCAGACAUGAACAACAACUUGACAAGGAAUGGUUAAGCAGAAUCACCAGGGAGGAGCGGUGUCCUGGUUGCCAUGCAUGCAUGUUCUUUCUUCAAAUUCCAAAUGAGAUGUUUGUCAUAUAAGAUCAUGGGCUAAAAGUAUGUAAUUCUUUUCAACGGCAAAUUCGGCUUGAGGUGUACCCCUCUUCUUCCAGCAUAGGACUUUGAAUCAUAGGGAAGAGGAUGCCAAAGUUAUAUAUAUAUCGAUCUUCUAUGAUCAUAGCUUCAUAAGAA